UGUCCCCCAUGUGGAAGCAAGCGCCGCUGGCAGGGGCAGUACGGGUGGCCGGAGGGGUCUUUUCAGGCCUGACAUGAAUCCGUUCGCCUGGUACCCGCCGCCGCCUCCCAUGUUCAGGCCCCCUGUGUUCUGCCCGCCCCCCGCCUGGGAUCCCGGCUUCUGGGCGCCGCCGCCUGCGGAUUAUCCGCCGCCUGGCGCAUGGUACCAGCCGUCAUCGGCGUACGGGGAGCUGCCGAGAGCCCCGCACCCAGGUGGAAAUUGCCAUUUUACCCAAGAAUGGCAAGCUGAACCAACACCUGCAUUUUUUAAACAUUCUCCAGGUGGAAACUUCAAGCAAAAGAACAAAAGGAAAAAAGAACCAGUUUUCUCUCAUUAUUGUGAUACUUGUGAUCGUGGCUAUAAAAACCAAGAAAAGUAUGAUGAACAUGUUGCACAGCACACACAGUGUGCAGAACCUGGUUGCGGUUUCAGUGCACAUGAGAAGUUGGUUCAGAUUCACUGGAAGAAUAUGCAUGCUCCUGGUGCUAAAAGAAUACAGUUAGAUACUCCAGAGGAGAUUGCUAAAUGGAGAGAGGAAAGAAAAAGAAACUUUCCUACGUUGGCAAACAUUGAAAAGAAGAAAGCAUUACAGAUAGAAAAAGAGGAGAGAGGAGAAGUGCUGACAACUACACAGUUUGGCAAAAUGAAGGGAAUGUGGAAAGCUCCACAAGAUGAAGAGACUUCUGGGUGGCAAGGAAGACAGAAGAAGAAGCAGAAGCGUCAGUUCUGGAAGAAGUGUAAGAAAGGUGAUGGAGAUGAUGCAUCUCCGCUGAAAGCUCAGAAUUCAGCUGGUGGACCAGAAAAUCAUACGUUUGUUAAGGAACCUGAAAAAAAAUCUGUUUCAGAUGCACAGACCUAUAGGAAGGAUGUGGAUCCACUUGGCAUUCUGGCAAAUAGUGAUGCUGAAUCGGACAAGGAUGGAGCAACUGCAGAGGAUGGAAAGUUGGGAGUGACUGUCAUUCCGAAGCAGGUAACCUCUGCCCUGAGUUCACUGGUGACCAACUAUGGCAGCACAUCAGACAGCGAGAGCGAGCCAGAGGAAGUUCCUGCCAAGAUUGUAGCAAAAGCUCUUAAGGAAAAUCAGACUAUCCUCCGAAAUAUUCCUCAGGCUUCAAAUAUCCCUAAAAGUCCAAAUAGCAUAAACCGCAAGGAAUGUGCAGAAUUUACAAGUGCAACGUUGGUGAGCUCAAAUACAAACACAGGGCAUUGCAGAGGUUCUAACAGACGGAGGAAGAAGUCGCUCCCUGUACUGCCCAAACGUCGUCCAACACUGCUGGAAAUGUUAUUAGCCCAGGACAUACGACACGAAAGGAAUGUGAUUCUGCAGUGUGUUCGAUACGUCAUCCGAAAUGACAUGUUUGGACUUCACUUAAAGACAGAACCAGUCGCUGAAACUGACAGCGGACAGGCUUCUAGAGCUGCAGCGGAGUUUUUGACAGCCGGACCUGAUGGAUCUAAUGUUUCUUGUAGCUCUGACCUUCAAUUAGCAGAAGAAGAACAAGAUGCAUUAUUUAUAUCUCAAAGUGACAAAGCAGCUAUAGGUCAGGCGUCACAGAUGAUUCACUAUAUAGACGAGGAGACAUGGGAAACCCCAGCGAGUCAGUGUGAAGAAAACUGACAUUUGUUACGGUAUGCCUCUGUCAUGGAGGGUGAACCAAAGGCUCAACUUUUGUACUUCACUGAAAUAUUUUUUGAAAGACAGUAGAAUAGGAAAAAAAUAAAUCAUAUCUUUUGUAUUUUAAGAACCAUUAAAAUCACUUUUCUGAACACUCUGCCAGAAGUGACCCUUUCCUUGUGGAAAUUACAAUCCAUUUCAGAUGGCUCUUUGCCUUCUACUUGAAAAGCUCAGUAGUGGAGCAUAGUUACAUCUUUCUUCAGUAGCAGUGUUUGUUUGCCCAUGGGUUUGAAUUGAAGACUCUUCAUUACAGAAUAUGCCAGUGUUUUAAAACCAUAAUCAGAGCAAAAUUAUGCAGUUGAUAAUGGUGCUCUCUAACUUGCUUAGACAACCAGUUGUCACUGGAGGGUUAGUGGGCCUCUGAACAUUUUGAAAUAAAUUUUUAAAACAUCUCUCAGCUGUUGUUGGUUCAAAAUAUAAAAUUUACGAAAUAGUUGGUUUGGCUCUAAAACUUUCACACGGAAAUCUACCACUAGUACAAUAAAUCAGUUGAGCAGAGAGAAUGGAAGCACAGUUAAGGUGGUGGCAGCUUUAGGUGGGGAGUUAAGUAGAGAGUAGAAAGUUGUUUGAAAUCAUUCCUUAAGUGACAAACCAGUAGCUACUGCUACCUUUUAUUCAUCCUUUAAUAACUGCCUGUAACUGUAGACAUAGCUUCACCUCAAGCCUUAACUGCUGUAGCUGGUCAUUGCUUGGCUGAACUAGCUCUUGAAAUGGAUCCUUAUUGCUUGUAGGAAUGAGUGCUAUAAAUUAAGGGCUUUGGAGCUGGGCUCCGGCUCCGGAGCAAGCUCCAGGCAAAAACUCCGCUGCUCCGCCCUUCAUCUCUGGGCUCCGCUCCAAAGCCCUUAGAUUUUAAUUUUGGAGUUAAACAGAAACUCAUCCUAGGAAGUUUCCUUAUCUCCCCUAGUUAAUAUAAAAUUAAGACUGUUAUCGGGCAUUCUAUAACCUGUUUUUUCUGAUUCAUUUUUAAAAUGCCAGUAACGCAUCCCGUGGAUUUCCUUGGAAUUGUGCUAUUAAUGUCACUCAUACAAAAUGUUCAUUCUUUUCUGUGGUGCCUGAAGUUAUAAAUCUCAUACAAGCUUUCAUGAGCUUUAAAGUUGCAUUAGUUGAGGAUUUAAAAAUAAGUUCACCACCUUUUGGUUAAAUUGUGUAUACAUUUGUCAGGCACCUUCUUGUGAAGUUCAACUGUCAGUUUGUCUCACUCCCAGUGGAAAUAGGAUAUGAAAGUGACUUAGUCUACUUAAAAAUAGUUCCCCACAUUCUGUAUUUUAGCCACAAUUAUUACAUACUGUAGGCUCAGUUUCUAAAUUAAAUUGCCUUCUCAGGAAAUGCAUUGAUCUUUCUUUGCUUUACUCAUUCUGGUACAAGUACACCCCUGUAUGUAACCUGCAGAAUAUUAAGGACUGUAGGGGUUUUUGCAUUCUCCAAUAGCUGUAUGUAUUAAGCUAUCUUGUUCAGUUUUUAAAACACUUGCCAGUUUUGUGGAAAUAAAUCUUGUUCAUGGAGUACAGGAGAAAGGGAAUAGCUGAAAAUUCCAUCUUUACUGCUCUACUAUAUAUAGCUACACUGUAUACUAUGUUUGUAAGAUACUGUGUACAUUUAUGGAAUUAUAUAAAUAUUGGCACUCAUGUAAGAGGGUGAUGAGUCCUAGGAAUGUGUAUAUGUAAUAGAUUAUUAAAUACAGCAAUCAUAAACUUGUUAUAUAUGUACUUGCAAGCCAGAUGACUCAUCCUUCCCAUGGUGGUCCCACAUACCAUCACUUCAUUUUAUUACCUUGAGUGUGGCUGUUACACAGUUUACUGCAGUGAAAAAUAAACAGCGAAAAUUUAGCUAAGGAGAUUGGAACUUUUACAGAAUUUGGUUUCUGGAUACACUUGUAUUCAGUCUGGGUGUGGGUGGGGGAGGGGUGUCAAAUCAACAGUUGCAUCAGUGUAGUAAACAAAAAUGAGCAAGUUAGGAUUACUACAGAAUUGCACUUUUUUGGUAACUAAUCCACCCCUUAAGGUCCUGCUCUUGUUCCUAUUGAAGUUUGUGGCAAAUCUCCUUUUGCAGAGGGAGGUCCUGAGUGAGGAAGGCUCUGCUAUGAAUUGCUUGUACUUUUUGCUGAUCUAAGAUUAUUAAAAUUCUACAAAAUGUA